UAGCGUUACGUAAUAAAUGAUUGUUGCCUUGUCUGUGUUGUCGAUUUUGUGCGGGGGCUUACAACCAACAUCGCUGUUUCGAAGACGACGGCGGCGACGAAAGCAUCUUCUCUCCAUACAAUUUGCAAACCUGCGGAUGUUACCUGUUGUACCUAUCGCGGGCCAUAGAACUGUGCUUUCCCAUCCCAUUUCGGUGAAACUCGACAACGACGACGUCAAGGAAGAAGACUAGCAACGAGUUUGCAGCUACGUACAUCUAUCUAGCACAGAGCUUAGCGAGAGUGAAAAGUACUGGCCCCUCUUCUAUCCCAUCAUCAACAGUGCAGUGUGUAUUAUUAUUUCACAUUCAGUGCGAGCCAAGCUGUAGGUUGUGAAGUGAAAAGUAUUGUGCGGUGAAUUCAUUUGGAUCGAAGUCGUGACUCCUUUGGAUCUAACAUCUCCGAGAUAGUGGACACGCCACAAUGAAUAACUCCGAUUUGAUUGUGAGGUACCUUUACCUGGGUACCGAUCAGCCAUUCUACAUCCAAAAGAACAGGCCAUUCGACUUCGACGAAGGAUGUCGCAUUUUGGCUCCGAUCCGAACCCUGGCGGAAGCAGCAGCUGCCAAUGGGGAUGAUCCGGCCGUCCGGAAGGCAGCGGAGGCCGUCUCGUUGAAGGAACAACCGGUGGACAUAAUCGUGCGGGUCAUGAACAGUGGAUCCCUGGUGCGCAACGACGAGUGCCUAUUCGUAUUGGCCUUCAUAGCACGUAUCUGCACCAAGCCCGAGGAGAAACAUAAAGUGUACGAAGUGGUGCCUACUCUGAUUAAGGAGUCGAAAGAUUUGUUCCAGUUCGUGCAUUUUUAUCAAACGUUGGCAACGAAAUCCGCCGGAAAGGGUUUCGGACAUGGCAUGAAAGUGGCUGUUACCAAGUGGUAUGACAAACACUCGGCCGAAGAGCUGGCCAAGUUGCUGGCGACUGAUCGCGGAUGGCACGAAUGGGGCCACAAAGACAUCAUCAGAAUGGCGCACAUCAAACUGGCGGAUGAAGCUAAAAUGCAAGUUUUGGAUGCUGCAUGCGGUGGCAAAGGCGUGAAACGUCCCGCCAAAGCUAAGAAGUCGGAAACAAAUGAUGAGAAAGCAAACGACGAUCUGAAAGACGAGCCUCAAGUCAAAAGCGAAGCACUGAAUAUGUUUCUACGUAUGAAGGAGUUCAAAAGAGUUAAUGACGCUGCACAUGCUUGUGAUGGCAUUAAAAAUUAUCAGUAUUCGUUUGAGCUGGUGCCUUCGCAGUUGUAUCGAGCAGCUCCAGUGUGGGAGAGCCUGUUCCCUCGUAUGUCCUAUCGGGAUCUUGUCCAUGCCGCCCUAGUUCUGCAGGAUUACAAGCUGUUGAAGGAAACCGAUACGCCAUUGUCCGUGGCGUACGGCAAGGUGUUGAACCGCAUGACUUCGGUGACCGAAUCGAAGAUUCACCCGAUUUUCAUCUAUCAGGUGAUGCGUCUGUACGAGGAACGCCAACGGUAUCUGAAUGCAGUGAAGGAAUCUAUUCAUACCAACAACAAUCUGGCCCUGAAAAACUCCAAAGCGAACCCAACAGUAAUGAAACAGUUCUACGCAGCGCUGAACCAAUCGAUGCUGAACUACCAGCGGACCGGAUUGCGGUACCUGGUGACGCUGGAUCUGAGAUCGAAACAGUCGAAGAAACGCGUAUUCGGCAACCGUCUGAUGUCCUGCCAGGCUGCCUACGUCCUGUUGACUCUACCGAUGUUCAAGCGCGAGUCGCACAUGAAGAUCCUCUCGUUCACCGACCACCCCGAAGAGCUGGUCGAAGUGGACCUCACCCGGGAGAUGGAUUUCUUCAAAGCGUGCGAUCACAUCCAGAAUCACGCUAGCAAAAAGACCAAAGUCAAGCUGACGCAACCGAUCGAGUACGCAACCGAGAACAAGAUGCCCGUGGACGUGUUCAUCACGAUUGUCGACUCGCUGAUACGCGUGAAUCCGAAGCGCCAAUCGCCGGUGCUCAGUCUCAACUCGUACAACCACACCAUGAAGCAGAAGGCUCGAUACGUCGUCGUUAGUUUGAGCCGCCAUCAGCAAGAUCUGCACCACUUCAAUAUGAAGAACACCAAGGGAGUGCUAGAAUUAGUGGGAUGCUCCCAGGAAACGCCGAAGGUCAUCGAUGCCUACGUAAAGCACCAUUUUACGUAAACUGCAUCAUGGUCGGCAUAAGAUAUGUUGGCAAGUCGUCAAUUGUAAGUACCCGGAAAGAUGAAGUCUAAUUAAUCAUAUUUUGAACUUUUUUGUAAGCAUUGGUCUCCUGGGUAUGAGAUACUUCAAGUAGUAAUGGUUAUUCUUUUUAGUUUGCGCUAUGUGGUAGGGUAGUUUGAUGCAUUAGAUUUAAUAUUUGAAUUCUUAUAAAUGUCUAUGCAUCAUAAAACUAAUGGGUAAGGGCAUAUUUUAAUGAAAUUGUUACACAUUAAGAAAAACCGCUUGAUAAGCUAAGUAAUCCCGGAUAUUCUGAUUAGUAUUUUGUUGAAGCAAA